ACAAAUAAACAAACAAAUAUACGCUUGCUGCCUGUAGUGGACCAACGCCGAUUUUCUAAUCGGCAAAGCGGCACACAAUGUGGGAAAAAUGUCGUUUAUGUUUAAAGAAAAUAGGUGCCAGAAAGGGAGCGUCCAUCACCGACGACGAAUUCGGCGCCAUGCUGAGCCGUGUGUUCACCUUCCCGGUUGCCGUUACCGAAUCCGUUUUGCUGGUAAAUGUUUGUGCCAAAUGUGCGUUGAUGGUGCGAAAUUUUAACGCCUUUAGUAAAGAGGUCGAGACAAAUCAGAACGUUUUGUUAAGCGAGUUAAUGGUGGAGCAGAAAGGUAGGAAACUGGAUGAUGUUCCACAUGGCACGGUGGAAAAGGAAGAGCAUACUCAAGUAAUCUCAUCACGAGAGCCAACUGUGGAGCCAAAAGGACGGGAAGUGGAAGAUGUUAAACAUUGCCAUUCACUGACAAAGCCUGUCCUCGAUCAAGAAUCUGAAACAAAUGAAAAAAAGCUCGUGGAAAAGCUCGCUGAUGAUGAUGAUCAGACCACUAGUAUGCUGCCCAUAGAGGAUAUGGAAGUGCUGCUAAAAGAACAGCUGGAUGAUGACUUUUCCUCGGACGACAACAACAGCACAACACACACCGAUGACAAAACCCCGAACAGUUGCAGCAAAAAGCCCGACCUGCACGAGAACGAUCGCAUCAUUAUGGAGUUUUUCGAGAUGCGCUGCGAGCUCUGCCCGAAACAGGCCGAACAAAGCUUCGAUCGGUUCUACACGCUGCAGCGGCACUAUCGCGUGGCGCACCAGUGUCGCGGAUUUUUGCGCUGCUGCGGCAGAAAGCUUUACCGUCGGUUUCGCGUCAUGGAACACAUCCAGUCACAUCGCGGCACGAUCCGGUGCGGGAUUUGCGACAAGCCGUUUAAAAGCAAGAGCUACCUGAUGCGCCACAAUGCCGAGCAGCACGUGGCCGAGGGACCGUCCUUCGCCUGCCAGCACUGUGAGCGAACGUUUCACACCCAGCGGCAGCUGAAUCAGCACCUGCCCGCACACGAAACGACGGUGUGCAAGAUCUGCGGCAAAACGGUGAACGUCCGGUACCUGAAGCAGCAUACCGCACUGAUACACGGCACGGUACGCCAGGGCUACAUGUGCGAUCUGUGCGGGAAGAACUUUUCCAGCAGCUUGGCGCUGGACCGGCACAUCAAGCAGCACCAGGGCAUCGAGACGAUCGAGAAGCUAGACUGUCCGCACUGUGGCAAGCAGCUGAACGGGAAGUACAACCUGCAGAAGCACGUGCGCUGCAUGCAUGUGGAGGCGGGCAAGAGCUACCGGUGCGAGGUGUGCGGCCACUUCAGCCCGAACAGUGUGGCGCUGGAGAACCACAAAAAGCGGGUGCACACGGGCGAACACUUUGAGUGUGGGGAGUGUGGCAAGCGGUUCAAGCAGAAGAUUUACCUGACGGAGCACGUGGCGGCGCUGCACACGCGCAAACCGCUGUACGCGUGCGAGUUUUGCGAGGCUACGUUCAAGUCGAGGGCGAACUACUACACGCACCGGAAGACCCGGCACCGGGCAGAGUGGGAAGCGCUCAGGGAGGAGAGGAAACAAGGGGAGGGCAAGAGAUUGUUUGCCGCGGCGGAUGUGAUCACUGGAGUCGUCUAGGGAAUGGUUUGUUUUUGGAGAUGUGUACGAGGUUUUGCUGUGUUUGUAAUUACGAAAAGAUUAAAUUAUUUUAAUGCAAUUCGACCUAUUUGAUAUUAAAUUGAAUAUUUGCAAAAGCAGGCAAAAUGGUUUUUUUUUAUAAAAUGGAAAUUAAUCCAAAAUUAAUUAAUUUAAUUUGUGCAUCUCUUGCCAGUUUUGUUAAAUAAUGAUGCAUCUUUCCCACCAAAGCAUUAUCUCCGAAUCAGCUCAAAACCCCCUCUGUGGAACCAUCUCAGUCGGGACCUCUUGUUCUUGUGGACAGGUCUAAAACCUGUUUCACAAAGUCGAACUGUUCGGUGUAAUUCUCCUCACAUGACCAGCAUACAAAUAUGUAUCAUUGCAUUAGAAAAUCGCGAUUUUGUAUAAUUAAAUAGCAUUUGACCAUAAAUUUCCUUAAAUCCAUACGUGACACCUAACUUAUGAUGGGAUUUGGGAAUACAGUGGAGCGCCGUUUAUUCGGCUUUCCGUUUAUCCGUGCUGUUGAGAAAUGACAGUUCAAUACAAAAGUGACAUUGGGAUAUUUUGUUAUUUAUUUUGUUAUUUAUUUAUUAAAAUUCAACGGACCGCAAGUGGCCCACUUGAAGCGAAUUCAUUUACAUUAAUUCAUUAUGAGGAGGAUAUUUGAAAAAGCGGUUAUAAGAGCACAUUGUCAUAACAAAAACACUAUAAUUCAUGGCAAAUUUUUAAAAUUCUCUUUCGAAAAACAUGAAGUUUAUAAAAACUGGGUUAUUUUUAUCAAAAAAUAAGAAAAAUUUCCAAAAAAUAACCAGGAAUUGGUGAUAAAAUAUAUCAUUUGACUCAUUAUCCGUGUUAUUCGCUUAUCCGGGCGAAGUCAAGUCCCGAGAAGCCCGGAUAAACGGCGUUCCACUGUAUUAGUAUGUGCGCUACAUAGAGAA